AUGGGGCAAAAUAAAGUGUCUUGCAAGAAUCCCUCAGUCAAACCAACACCAAAGCCUAAGAAUAAAAUAGGAAGGCUAAGGUUGAAUCUAGAAUUGACCAAUUGCACAAGACUUGGGAGAAGUGGUGGAAGAGGUGGUAGAAGAGGGGGUAGAAGUGGUGGAAGAGGGUCUACCAGUGUUUAUGAAGAAGGUGAAAGUUUUGGGGAAAAAGCACUUGGGAUUGAGACUCAAUUUGUAACCCAAACAACACCUAAUGUUGAUAGUCAAUUUGUCACCCAAACAGCACCUACUGUUGACAGUGAACAUGUACCAGAAACACGGGAAGCAGAUGUUACGAUUGAUGUUGAAGGUGAUGGUCUUGAUAUGGCUGAUCUGGAUCAAAUACUGCAUGAUUUGAGUUACCUUAGAAAGUCAAAUAUACUGAAACAGAGAUCCUUUUGUGACUUAAUAUCACCCAAUCACAACUUAAAGGAUUUGAUGCUUUGGUUCACUAAUCCAAACAAGCUGCAAAGUGAACAUGUACCAGAAACACAAGAUGACAAUGAUGAAAACAAGAAGGAGAAUGACUAUGAAGAUGAAGUUGAAGAAUUACAGGAGGACAAUGAUGGAGAUGGAGCUGAGGAUGAUGAAGGGGGAGUUUGA